CUACGGGCUACGCUCAGUAGUCUUCCGGUCGCCGUCAGCGAUGGACGUCUCCGCGCGCGUGCUCGUAUUUUUAUUCGUAAUCGCGUUCGUAACUGUCCACGCUCACAUGUCGCUUCCCUCUCACGAUAACAUCCUUAGAAUACAACUUUGGGAUGCUGAGGGGUUAGUCAGAGAACCGAUAGCCACAGAUACUCCGAAAAUCGUAAGGCACAAAACAAAAGUUGACUUAUCAUCCUUAUAUGAUGCGAUGAUGGGUGAUGAGUAUGAACAUGGUGUAGGGCGGUAUGCGAGACAUAAAGUUAGGCAUAAGAGGCGCAGGCCGCGUCAAAGUGGCACCGAUCUUCCCUGGAGGUUCCAUUCUGGGACGAAGGUGAUGAACGUUGCGGUCUACGAUGAUGAUGUGCCAUGGAAUGUGAUAGAGGGGGCUGGUAGCGACAACUCAAGUGCAGUGAGUGAUUCAAGUGCAAGUUACCAAGUGUAUCAUCGUGAUGUGUCGCCGCCGAUGCCGUUUCGAAGAGACGAGGAUGAAGAGCAGGAAGUGAAAAAAGAAUUGCCAGUUGUGCCAAAAUGUUGCGCGAGCGGGCAAAAUUUGAGCGUCACAAUCGAAAAUGGAAAAACAAAAACAGUCUGCGCCCGGUCAAGCCUCACUUUCCAGCCAAUAUUCCACAAAGCUAAUGAAACGCAUAUAUGGAGUUAUGAUAGCAAUGUGUUUGAAACUAUUGUCGGGAACCCUUGUGCUUAUGAUAGGUACAAACUAGAGCCGGACAAAAUAAGCGAAGAUGAGUUUUAUCUUUUAUUCAAUGGCUCUCUAUUCAUGCCGUUCAGUAAGCCUCCGUUGUUGGGCACAAGGAAUUUUUGUAUGGAGACGUUUUGGAACGAAUCCAAUCCAGCCGGAGUGACGCUUCCACUGGUUUGCUUCUCAGCGCCUAUUGAAGAAGCUGGCACGUCACCCACGCUUAUCGCUUACGCAAUCGGGUUGAUAAUAUCAGUACCAUUUCUUCUGGCAACAGCUGUUGUGUAUAUCUUCAUAACAGAGCUGAGAGACACACAUGGAAAGGCUCUAGCUUGCCAUUCUACGUGUUUAGCAAUAGCAUUUUCGUGUUUAGCGGCAACACAGCUGGCUGGACAUGCUUUUCCCAACACCGCUUGCUCCAUAAUGGCCUACCUCAUCCAGUUUUCAUUCGUUUCCUGUUUUUUCUGGUUAAAUGUUAUGUGCUUCGACACUUAUUUAAACGUUAGACGAUACAUAAACGCUUCAGUAAGUAGAAGGAGUAUGAGACGAAGAUUUGCAUGGUAUUGCGCGUACGCAAUUUUACUACCAAUCCUAUUACUAGUUAUAACAAUAACAAUGGACCUAUCACCGGCCGUACCUAGUACAUACUUAAAACCUAACUUCGGUGUCAAAGGCUGUUGGUUCAAAACGGACCAGGCCGCGUUGCCGUAUUUCUAUGGCCCAGUGGCUGUAAUCCUACUUAGUAAUUUAAUUAUAUUUCUCUUCACUUCCCGAGCUUUCGUGCGGCAUUAUGACAAGCUUAAGGACGUUUCACCCUUAGACCUAACGCACUCAGAGUUCAGUACAUCUGAUGAUUGGGUACGACUCAACACUGUGCUGGGUCAGCCUGUAGCCGUCACUGAAACUUCACCAACCAGAGAGCCACGCGUCAACUUCAACCAGAGGUUAAAGAAAUAUAAAAAAUUAUUUCGCAAAUGCUGCCUGCUUUCCGCCAUCAUGGGUAUAUCCUGGGUGCUGGAGGUGGUAUCUUGGGCAGCGGGAGCCGGUACUUCAGCAGUGUCAGUAUGGUCGGUCUUCGACCUUAUCAAUGCAUUGCAGGGUGUCGUGAUAUUCGCCAUCUUUGUUUUGCAACAACCCGUCCGAUCUUAUGUUAAGUUAUCAAAACUCUGCAGCGUGUGUAGAAGAAGAAAAGACGAAUCAGAAAUAUCCGUAGUGAGUGACAGAAACAGUAUCUGUGGUACGGGCCGAAGAGAUUUUGUGUAGUGAAUCAAGGAAUAGGGCCACCAUAAUUGACAUUUCAGUGUAAUUUUCUAUAGAACGAAUAUUAUCAGGCCUUUAGAGUCCAGUUGGAAUAGUAUAUACUGAUUAAUGAAUUUUCCUGAUACGUAAUAACUAUGAAAUUAAAUUAAAGGCUUCUCAAAAUAAAAGAAUCAGUAUUAAAUUCACCUGUGUAAAUAUUGCUUUGUGUGACUGCAUUUUCUGUCUGUAUUGUUCAGGCUUUAUCAAUAAUAAAUGUUGCUUUUUCACAAUUGUUUUAAUAAAUAUUAAACAAAACAAACUUACUUUUUGGAAGCCUUUAAGAUUAAUUUUAGAUUUUCUUAUGAAAAAGAAAACAAAUCCCUAAUGAACGAUGUUAGAGACUGAUUUUAUUACAGUAUUAUGUGAUUGUAGUAGAACAAUCGCAUGUUUGGAACGUGGCUAAAGUUCCUUCUUACUAUUCACAAUUCAUAAUAACGACCUCAUAUAAAAGAUAGCAUCUUGUUUCUUACCAUGUAUACAACUUUUGAAAGUACUUAUUUUGGCGCGUUAUGGAAAAAUUAGUUUUUUCUAUUGUUAGUAUCGUUUUCUACAAAGGUAGAAUAAGGCGAAAGAUAUUUUUUUUUGAAAAGAUUUUUAUCUUGCUAGGCCAAAGAAGUACCUAUAACUUCUAACGCGUGUACAUAAUUACACAGACGUAUUCGAAACCAUGGUAACGAGUAAGGUAAUAGGAUUAUAUAAGGUCCUUAUUCGAGAUUUAAUUGGUUGUCACAGUUCUAAUGCACAGUUUUGACGAAAUUGCGAUCCCGAUUUUUUUGUACCGCGCGAUU